CGCCUCGGACUGACCGGCCUAUUGAGGGAGGGACGGACCGUCCGACCGACCGAAGGAGCAGCGGCAGGCGUAGCGGAGCGCCACCUCACCACACCUCCCCCUGAAGGCAGGAAGAAGUGACGGGGUUCGGCUUGCAAUGGAGAGCGCCCUGACGGCCCGGGACCGGGUGGGAGUCCAGGACUUUGUCCUGCUGGAGAACUUCAACAGUGAGGCAGCUUUCAUUGAGAACCUGCGCAAACGCUUCAAGGAGAACCUCAUCUAUACCUACAUCGGCUCCGUUCUGGUCUCGGUAAAUCCAUACAAGGAGCUGGAGAUCUACAGCAAGCAGCACAUGGACCGCUACCGUGGUGUCAGUUUCUAUGAAGUCUCUCCUCACCUCUACGCCAUUGCUGACAACGCCUACCGCUCGCUGCGCACUGAGAGGAAGGACCAGUGCAUCCUGAUCUCCGGAGAGAGCGGAGCCGGCAAGACAGAAGCCACCAAGAAGGUUCUGCAGUACUAUGCUGUCACCUGCCCGGCCAGCGAGCAAGUGGAGACCGUGAAGGACAGGCUCCUGCAGUCCAACCCCGUCCUGGAGGCUUUCGGAAAUGCAAAAACUUUGCGCAACGACAAUUCCAGCCGCUUUGGGAAAUACAUGGAUGUCCAGUUUGAUUACAAGGGGGCUCCCAUUGGGGGCCACAUCCUGAACUACCUGCUUGAGAAGUCGCGCGUUGUGCAUCAGAAUCAUGGGGAGAGAAACUUCCACAUCUUCUAUCAGCUACUGGAAGGUGGGGAGGAAGACUUGCUCAGGCGGCUGGGUCUGGAGAGGAGCCCCCACCAGUACCAGUUCUUGGUGAAGGGCCAGUGUGCCAAGGUCAGCUCCAUCAAUGAUAAGAGCGACUGGAAGGUUGUGCGCCGGGCCCUGUCCGUCAUCAACUUCAAGGACGACGAAGUGGAGGAUCUGCUGAGCAUCAUUGCGAGUGUUUUGCACUUGGGGAAUGUGCAGUUUGCAGCUGACGAGGAGGGCCACGCGCAGGUGACCACGGAGAACCAAAUCAAGUACCUGGCCAGGCUCCUGGGGGUCGAAAGUUCUCUGCUUCGGGAAGCGCUGACCCACAAGAAGAUCAUUGCGAAGGGGGAAGAGCUGAUCAGCCCCCUCAACCUCGAGCAGGCCGCCUACGCACGGGACGCUCUGGCCAAGGCAGUCUACGGGCGCACGUUCUCCUGGCUGGUGAAUAAGAUCAACAAGUCACUCGAGUACAAGGAGACGGAGACCCUGGGCUGGAGGAAGAGCUCGACGGUGCUGGGGCUGCUGGACAUCUACGGCUUUGAGGUUUUCCAGCACAACAGCUUCGAACAGUUUUGCAUUAAUUACUGCAAUGAGAAACUGCAGCAGCUCUUCAUAGAACUCACCCUGAAAUCCGAGCAAGAGGAGUAUGAGGCUGAGGGCAUUGCGUGGGAGCCGGUCCAGUAUUUUAAUAACAAAAUCAUCUGUGACUUAGUGGAAGAGAAAUUCAAAGGCAUCAUUUCCAUUUUGGAUGAGGAGUGCCUGCGGCCGGGAGAUGCCACGGACAUGACGUUCUUGGAGAAGUUGGAGGAGACGGUCAAGAAGCAUCCUCACUUCCUCACGCACAAGUUGGCAGACACCAAGACCCGGAAGUCUUUGGGCCGGGAGGAAUUUCGCCUCCAGCACUAUGCCGGGGAUGUCACUUACAGCGUGGCAGGUUUCCUGGACAAGAACAACGACCUUCUCUUCCGGAACCUCAAAGAGGCCAUGUGCAACUCCGAGAACCCCAUCGUCAGCCGGUGCUUUGAUCGGGCAGAGCUGAGCGACAAGAAGAGGCCAGAGACGGCCGUGACCCAGUUCAAGAACAGCCUCUCCCAGCUGAUGGAGAUACUCAUGUCCAAGGAGCCAGCCUACAUCCGCUGCAUCAAGCCCAACGACGCGAAGCAGGCCAGCCGAUUUGAUGAAGUUUUGAUCCGGCAUCAAGUUAAAUACUUAGGCUUGAUGGAGAACCUGCGUGUACGGAGGGCUGGCUUUGCUUAUCGGAGGAAAUAUGAAGUCUUCCUCCAAAGGUACAAGUCACUGUGUCCUGAAACAUGGCCCACCUGGGAUGGGAGGCCCCACGACGGUGUGGCCGUGCUCUUGAAACACCUGGGCUACAAGCAGGAGGAGUACAAGAUGGGGAGGACCAAAAUAUUCAUUCGUUUCCCCAAGACUCUGUUUGCCACAGAAGAUGCCCUGGAGAUCCGGAAACAGAGCCUGGCUACCACAAUCCAGGCAGCCUGGAGAGGAUUCUAUCGGAGGAAGAAAUUUCAGCAGAUGAAACGUUCAGCCGUGACUAUCCAGGCGUGGUGGCGUGGGACUCUGGGGCGCCGCAAAGCUGCCAAGAAGAAGUGGGCAGUGCAGACCAUCCGGCGGUUCAUCAAGGGCUUCAUUUACCGGAAUGACGCUCGAUGCCCCGAGAACGAGUACUUCCUGGAUUACAUCCGUUAUGCCUUCCUGAUGACUCUGAAGCGCAACCUGCCCAAGAACGUGCUGGACAAAUCCUGGCCAGCACCCCCGCCCUCCCUGAGAGAGGUGUCUGAGCAGCUGAGAGGCCUCUGCAUGCAGAACAUGGUCUGGAGCUACUGCAAGAGGAUCAGCCCCGAAUGGAAGCAGCAGCUGGAGCAGAAAGUGGUGGCCAGCGAAAUCUUUAAGGAUAAGAAGGACAAUUAUCCGCAGAGUGUCCCUCGACUCUUCCUGAACACCCGCCUUGGCAAUGAUGAAAUCAAUGCCAAAAUCCUUCAGGUGCUGGGGAGUGAACCGCCCAAGUACGCAGCUCCUGUGAUCAAGUACGACCGGAAAGGCUACAAGGCCCGAGCGCGGCAGCUGCUGCUCACCCAGAACGCGUUUGUGCUGGUGGAAGAGUCCAAGGUCAAGCAGCGCGUGGACUAUGCCAACCUGACAGGCAUCUCUGUGAGCAGCCUGAGCGACAGCCUCUUUGUGCUCCACGUGCUCCGGCAGGAUAACAAGCAAAAAGGAGACGUUGUGCUGCAGAGUGAUUUCGUGAUUGAGACUCUGACUAAAAUCGCCAUCGGUGCAAACAAAGUGAACAGUGUGAAUAUCAACCAGGGCAGUAUAAAGUUCACUGUUGGGCAAGGCAAAGAGGGCAUCAUUGACUUCACGUCCGGCUCUGAGCUGCUCAUCGCCAAGGCCAAGAACGGACACCUUGCUGUUGUGGCUCCACGUUUGAAUUCCCGAUGACAACAGCUCGCCCAUCUGCAAGGAACCCUCCUUUCCUCCAUCACUUGACUACGUCCUGUAACCUUUGCCGGACAUUUUCCCUGCCAGCCUUUUUGGGGGCGGGGGCUGCUUUGUGGAUAUUCUUUCUAGCUACCAAAGACCUGUGCAUCCAAAGAACCCUCCUUUAAUUGUGUCCUUUGGUUUUCAUCAGACCAAAAAACAUUCCUCCUGGCACUGGUGGCUGCUGUGCUGCCAUGGACGCACCACGUCUGGCUACGAAACAGCAGCAGUGAGGUGUAGGGAGAACCUGCAGCACUGUCAACCAAUUAAGUGAAAUGCCAAAUUUUAUACUAAAAAUAUUUUAUGAAGAAAUUUUCUCCUAGAUUUGUUGACGCUUUGUAUGAAGUUAUAAAAAGCCAUAAUGUAUAAAUGAGUGAAAUUCUGUAAAUAUAUCCUAACUCAUUGUAUGGGAUGUUUGCACUAUGGAAAUUAUUUUCUUUCCAGCCAUUGGAAGCGUUGUGAUAGCAAUUCAACACCAGGCCUUUGCAGCCAUUGGCCUGGAUGCUCAUGCAGCCAACUUACUUCUAAAGGGAAAGUCGAUGAUCACUUCCUUCCAUAAGCCAUUAUUUCUUUCCUGCCUUAAGGCCUCUAUGUUACAUCUGCUGCUGCUGCUGCUGGAUGCGCUCCUUCUUUGCAGGGGAUGUUACUAUGAAGUGACAAACCAUGGAAGUGAAAUUAGGAGCUCAGAAAUGCCCCUUCAAAGUGGUUUCAGGAAUUUAGCUUCAGCAGUUCUGAAACCCCUAGUUUUUGGAAUUGCAAGUAUUUGGGUACACUAAAAAAAUCACUAAAAUCACUUGGACCUAUAUUUUAAUUUGAUAUUUGGUGAAAGGCUUCAAUGGUUAUGGAUCUACUUGCAGGCACAGUUGCAUGUCAAAUAGUUUUUAUCCAACUAUUGAGAUAUGAAAAAAUCUGCACUGAAUCAGAUUUUUUUAAUUCUUAAACAUCUUUUGGGGCUUAAUUCAUUCCAGCUCUUGGAAGGGCCCACAAAAUCAUUGGGAUUUGCCAUCUGCCUUAAAGCAACCACAGAAGUUGAGCUAGAUCUAUCCUUGGACAUUACUGAAAUGAUUGUGUAACCCCUUACGCAUUGAUUACAAUGACCAAUGCCAUCGGUCCGAAGGAAAAACAUUUUUAGUCCAAAGACGUGGAAACGAGCUGCUUCUGCACCCGCCAAGCUGAAAGGAAGAGGCUUCCACAUAAGGGCUCUGUCGGUUUUGUAUUACUUGUACAGAAGGUGUAGAACAUUCUGUUCCAUUAUGGGUUUUGUGUGUGUCUGCUCAACAGCCUACUGCUGUUGUCACUGGCCUCCAGAAACCAAAUGGGUUUUCUUUUCCUACUUGGUGGUCAAUGUUGCAUCAGGCCUGGAAUGUUGCCUAUGCUAUAGUGUAUAUAAGAUUUAAUACUCUGCACUAUGCUAUAUAAAUCAAGAUAUACAAGCCAAAUAAAUUUUUACUAAAACAA